AUGCCGAAAGCCGACAGACGAGCCAAGCUUGCACAGCUUGCUGCGCUGCGAAAGGCUGGCAAGAAGACAUUCGACUCGUAUGAGGUCGAGCAAGUCGAAGAGUUAUACGAAGAAGUUGAUGAGGAUCGCUAUAAGAAGAUUGUGCGAGAACGCCUGAACCAGGAUGACUUCGUCGUUGACGACAAUGGCGAAGGUUACGCCGACGACGGUCGUGAGGACUGGGACCGUGUUCAGCAGUACGAUAGUUACAGCGAAGACGACUUGCCAGUCCGAGGAAAGGAGAACAAGAAGUCCAAGAAGCAGCGUGAGGAGGAUCAAUCCAAGCGGGACGCGACCGAUCGAGAUAUCAGCGAGUUCUUCACCAAGGGCGCCACAAAAGCCCAGCCAAAAGCUAAGACCAUAAAAACCGAGGAGGACGACGAAUUCCUUGCAAGCCUGCUGGGAGAAGUUGAUCAGAACGUACCGGCUGCCGCACUUCGCCAGUCCAAGAAGAGAGGAAGGUCCCCUGAGAAACGCCGUAAUCGCAUCCCUUCGCCAGCACCUGAAAUCAAACGGCCCGCAACAAAGAGAGUCAGACACAGUCCGGACCCUGUCGUCUCGCUGCCACAAGAUGAUGAUAUUUUGAUGGACGACGACACAGUUCUCCCAUCGAUCGAUGAUGAUCUGCCUACGCCUUUCCCCGCGAAUGAUAUUCCGACAAGCGACCCAGCCCCCUCGUCACCAACGGUCGAUGCAAUUGGGCGCAAGAUGAAACCGAAGGCCGAGGCCGAGGUCGAAGAUGAAGACGACGAAGAUAUGAUGGAGGUCGCCCAUGCCGGCGCCAUCACUGCUGCCAGUGUCAACUUGACUGCGGCCAGACUUCCCAAGAGAUUGAUCAAGGCCGAUCCAUAUCCUUCUCCUGCGAACUCGUCCCCACCCAAGGGUCCGGCUGAGGACGCAGUUGACUCUUCGGCAUGGAACGAUAUCAAUCAGCGUCUCAACGUUGUCAGUAGCUCUCCAGCGGAAACAAGGGGCAUCAACAAGAUAGACUACAAGGAUGCAGUCGAAGAGGAUGGCAGUCUGAACAUGUUCUGGACAGACUACACUGAAGUCAAAGGCAGCCUCUGCCUAUUCGGCAAAGUGCUGAACAAGAAGACAAAGUCAUAUGUCAGUUGCUUCGUCAAGGUGGAUAAUAUCUUGCGGAAACUCUUUUUCCUCCCGCGUCAAAAUCGCAUGGAGCGCGGAGUUGAAACAACCGAAGAGGUUGGGAUGAUGGACGUCUACCAAGAGAUCGACGCCCUCAUGUCCAAGAUGAAUGUUGGCAUGUUCAAGAUCAAAGCAUGCACGAGGAAGUAUGCUUUCGAGUUACCGGGGAUACCAAAAGAGACGCAGUACAUGAAGCUGUUGUAUCCGUAUACUAAGCCUGCUGUCGAGAUGGGAACAAGCGGUGAGACGUAUUCGCAAGUCUUCGGUACCAACACCGCUCUAUUUGAGCAGUUCGUCCUGUGGAAGAACAUCAUGGGCCCUUGCUGGCUGAAGAUCCAAGAUGCUGAUUUUGGCGCUCUCAAGAAUGCUUCACACUGCAAGCUUGAGGUGCUUGCGGAGCAUCCCAACAUGAUAUCUCCCUUAAGUGACUCGGAUAACCUUGACGCUCCUCCAUUGACUGUGAUGAGUGUGGCCAUGCGGACGACGUUCAACAUCAAGGAUAACAAGCAGGAAAUACUCUCCAUCAGUGCCAGAAUAUACGAGAAUGUCGCUCUUAGUGACACAACGCCAGCGGACAAACUUCCAUCCCGGACGUUCACACUCAUCCGGCCCAACGGCCCAUCGUUCCCAGGAGGCUUUGAGCAAAUGGCGAAAACUCGAAAGCGUGGUCUCAUCAAGACUAUGAAGCAAGAAUCCGAAAUGUUAAUGUUCUUUCUGGCGCAAAUCGACGUGGUGGACCCUGAUGUCAUUCUCGGCCAUCAACUGGAAGGGGUUGACUAUUCCGUUCUUCUCAGCCGGUUACGAGAGAAGAAGAUACACCAAUGGUCUCGUCUUGGCAGACUCAGGCGAACCGAGUGGCCAUCAUCCAUAGGGAAGGUGGGUGGCAACGUUUUCGCUGAGCGUCAAAUCAUCGCUGGCCGCCUGCUUUGCGAUCUCGCCAACGAAGCUGGCAAGUCGGCAAUGUACAAGUGUUCGACUUGGAGCUUGACGGAAAUGUGCAGUCUCUACCUCUCGGGCGAUAACAAGAGGCGAGAAAUUGACAACGAGGUCGCUUUGAAGUCGUGGGCAACGACUAAAGACGGCCUCAUGGAUUAUGUCUCCCAUGUGGAGACAGACACAUACUUCAUCACAGCCUUGGCGCUCAGAGUCCAGCUUCUGCCGCUGACCAAGAUCUUGACCAACUUGGCUGGAAACUCUUGGGCAAGAACCUUAACCGGUACACGUGCUGAGCGGAACGAGUACAUUUUGCUGCACGAGUUCCACCGGAACAAGUACAUCUGUCCUGACAAGCAGCCUUUCAAAGGGCGACAACGCUUGGAGGAAGAAAAUGCGGAAGAGGAAGCUGGCGACGGCAAGAAGAAGGACAAGUACAAGGGCGGUCUUGUCUUCGAGCCCGAAAAAGGUCUCUACGACAAGUUUGUCCUAGUCAUGGACUUCAACUCGCUUUAUCCUUCUAUUAUCCAGGAGUUCAACAUUUGCUUCACUACUGUGGACCGGUCUUCAUUGGCUGAAGACGAGGACGCGGUUCCUGAAGUCCCUGGGGAACAGGAACAAGGCAUCCUGCCCAAGCUAAUCGCCACUCUCGUCAGUCGCAGACGGGAGGUGAAGAAGCUGAUGAAGGACAAGACUGCAACUACUGAACAACUCGCGACCUGGGACAUUAAGCAACUUGCGUUGAAGCUGACCGCCAACUCCAUGUAUGGAUGCUUGGGCUACACCAAGUCACGAUUCUAUGCACGUCCUUUGGCCGUCUUGACAACAUAUAAGGGCCGUGAAAUUCUCCGCAGCACGAAAGAUCUAGCAGAGAGCAAGUCUCUCCAGGUUAUUUACGGUGACACCGACUCUGUCAUGAUCAAUGCCAACGUCGACAAUGUUUCUGAUGCCUACAAGGUGGGCCACGAUUUCAAGAGAGCCGUCAACGAAUCAUACAGGCUGCUGGAGAUCGACAUUGACAACGUUUUCCGUCGCAUUCUGCUCCAAGCCAAGAAAAAGUAUGCCGCGAUCAAUAUGAUCGAGCAGGAUGGCAAGUUCAUCGAGAAGAUGGAAGUCAAGGGUCUGGACAUGAAACGACGAGAAUACUGUGGUCUGUCCAAAGAGAUCUCCAGCCGUCUUCUCAACGAGAUUCUGUCUGGUGACGAUACAGAGAUAUCCAUUCAGCGUAUCCAUGAGUACUUGCGGGAGAUCUCAGGCAAGAUGCGCGAGCAGGCCAUUCCUGUGCAAAAGUACAUCAUCUUCACGCAGCUCGGCAAGGCCCCCAAGGAGUACCCGAACGCCGACUCGAUGCCGCAAGUGCAAGUUGCUCUACGGGAGCUCGCACGGGGCAAGACGGUGAGAAAGGGAGACGUCAUCUCCUAUAUCAUCACAGGCGACAGCAAGGGCUCUGAGUCAGUUGCCAAGCGAGCGUAUACCCCCCAAGACGUCCUCAAGACGGGCUCUGACUUGGCUCCGGACGUUGAAUGGUACAUAGGCAAGCAGAUCUUCCCGCCUGUCGAGCGUCUCUGUGCAAACAUUGUUGGCACCUCCACGGCGCAGUUGGCGGAAUGCCUGGGUCUUGACAUCCGCCGUUACGCCAACAAUGCCAACAACACGAGCAGCGGUAACAGCAACGACCUCGAGAUUCACCCUCUCGAGUCCCAAAUCCCCGACGCGGUGCGCUUUGGCGAAUGUACGCGCCUGCAGCUGCGUUGCCGCUCCUGCAAGAAGUCGUCGACCUUCGAGGGCCUCCUCGGCAGUCCCGAUCGGGUCGCACCGGCCGGCGUUGUCUGCGACUCAUGCGGCGCCAUCAUCUCGACGCUCUCCGUGGUGGCGCAGGUCGAGCGCGCGAUACGCACUGCAACUGCCGCAUACUACGAGGGAUGGCUUGUGUGCGACGACAGCAGCUGCGGGAACCGCACGCGGCAGCUGAGCGUCUACGGCAGCCGCUGCCUCGGGCCGAAGGGCCUUGCGCGAGACUGCCUCGGCCGGAUGAGGUACGAGGUCUCGGAGCGGCACAUCUACAACCAGCUGGUGUACUUUGCCAGCCUGUGGGAUGUGGACAGGGCCAGGGCCAAGGCCAGCGGCGAGGGGAGUGACGGCGCGGUCGCCGACCGCGAGACGAGAGAGAAGAUCCUCGCCCUGGCGGAGCACAACCGCACAAGGUUCGGGACUGUGAAGAGCGUUGUCGACCGGUAUCUGGACAAGUGCGGACGGCAGUGGGUUGCAAUGGACACGUUGUUUGCGAAGUUGGGCUUCGCUGCUGUCUGA